ACUCGCACUCUCAGCACUUUCAUUUACCUCUCAAAACUGCUUCAUAAAACCUCGAUACCAUCUAAGAGUUACUCCCAUAUUUCAUCGCCCAUAAAAGAGUGAGCCAAAGAUAUACGGAGGGAUAGAUCAAGCUAGCAAAGGAACGAAAAACAUAAAAAAGAUUUGAUUUUUCUGAGUUUAUCACAGCCAAAACUUCAAAAGAUCUUUAGAAUCCCAAAGAAAAGAAAACAACAACAAAAAUGUCUCAGUCAAACAUGGUACCAGUGGCUAACAACGGAGACAACAACAACGACAACGAAAACAACAACAACAACAACAACAAUGGUGGAACUGACAACACUAAUGCUGGAAAUGAUUCUGGAGAUCAAGAUUUCGACAGUGGGAAUACCUCAAGUGGCAAUCAUGGAGAAGGGUUGGGAAACAAUCAAGCUCCUCGUCAUAAGAAGAAAAAAUACAAUCGUCACACCCAACUUCAGAUUUCGGAGAUGGAAGCUUUCUUCAGAGAGUGUCCUCACCCAGAUGACAAACAAAGGUACGACCUUAGCGCUCAAUUGGGAUUGGACCCUGUUCAGAUCAAAUUCUGGUUCCAGAACAAACGCACUCAAAACAAGAAUCAACAAGAACGCUUUGAGAACUCAGAACUUCGGAAUCUGAACAACCACCUUAGGUCUGAAAAUCAGCGGUUACGAGAAGCUAUUCAUCAAGCCUUAUGCCCUAAGUGUGGAGGCCAAACUGCAAUUGGCGAAAUGACCUUCGAAGAGCACCAUCUUCGCAUCCUCAACGCUCGUUUGACUGAAGAGAUCAAGCAACUUUCCGUGACAGCGGAAAAGAUAUCAAGGCUUACGGGGAUACCAGUAAGGAGCCAUCCCCGUGUGUCUCCUCCUAAUCCUCCUCCAAAUUUCGAGUUCGGGAUGGGAUCUAAGGGAAAUGUCGGAAACCACUCGAGGGAAACCACUGGACCUGCAGAUGCUAAUACCAAGCCGAUCAUCAUGGAGUUGGCAUUUGGAGCCAUGGAGGAGCUCUUGGUGAUGGCUCAAGUGGCUGAACCACUGUGGAUGGGAGGAUUUAAUGGCACUAGCUUAGCUUUGAACUUGGAUGAAUACGAAAAGACGUUUCGCACGGGUCUCGGUCCUAGACUUGGCGGGUUUCGAACCGAGGCAUCCAGGGAAACUGCACUCGUGGCAAUGUGUCCUACUGGCAUUGUUGAAAUGCUCAUGCAAGAGAAUCUGUGGUCAACAAUGUUUGCCGGAAUUGUUGGUAGAGCCAGGACUCAUGAACAGAUAAUGGCUGAUGCUGCUGGAAACUUCAAUGGAAAUCUCCAAAUAAUGAGUGCUGAGUACCAAGUGCUUUCCCCGCUAGUCACAACCCGCGAAAGCUACUUCGUCCGCUACUGUAAGCAACAAGGAGAGGGUUUGUGGGCGGUGGUCGAUAUUUCCAUCGACCAUCUCCUCCCAAACAUCAACCUAAAAUGUCGCCGCCGACCCUCUGGAUGUCUGAUUCAAGAAAUGCAUAGUGGUUACUCCAAGGUUACAUGGGUGGAACAUGUGGAAGUAGAUGAUGCAGGAAGUUACAGCAUCUUUGAGAAAUUAAUCUGUACUGGUCAAGCUUUUGCUGCUAACCGCUGGGUUGGUACAUUGGUACGCCAGUGUGAGCGGAUAUCUAGCAUCUUGUCGACAGAUUUUCAAUCUGUCGAUUCCGGUGAUCACAUAACGCUAACUAACCAUGGAAAGAUGAGCAUGCUGAAGAUAGCUGAGCGGAUUGCGAGAACCUUCUUUGCUGGAAUGACCAAUGCGACGGGGUCUACAAUAUUUUCUGGUGUUGAAGGAGAAGAUAUCAGAGUGAUGACAAUGAAGAGCGUGAAUGAUCCAGGAAAGCCUCCCGGUGUCAUUAUUUGUGCAGCCACUUCCUUUUGGCUUCCUGCUCCUCCUAACACUGUCUUUGACUUCCUCAGAGAGGCUACUCACCGACACAAUUGGGAUGUUCUCUGCAACGGAGAGAUGAUGCACAAGAUAGCAGAGAUUACGAAUGGGAUAGACAAAAGGAACUGUGCAAGUUUACUCCGGCAUGGACACACUAGCAAGAGCAAGAUGAUGAUAGUUCAAGAGACUUCUACUGACCCAACAGCUUCAUUUGUGCUUUAUGCGCCUGUUGAUAUGACAUCAAUGGAUAUUACUCUCCAUGGAGGUGGUGAUCCUGACUUUGUGGUGAUCCUGCCUUCUGGUUUUGCUAUUUUUCCAGAUGGUACGGGUAAGCCUGGAGGAAAAGAAGGAGGAUCACUUUUGACCAUUUCCUUCCAAAUGCUGGUUGAGUCAGGUCCUGAGGCUAGGCUGAGUGUUAGCUCUGUUGCAACUACUGAGAAUCUGAUUCGUACAACCGUGCGGAGGAUCAAAGAUUUGUUUCCUUGUCAGACUGCUUGAACCACCCCCAUUUCGGUAAUCUAUUGGAGAGCUUCAAAAGGGGAGGAGUCAAGAACGAACCUCAAGGAGAUUGGUUUUUUACGAGGUUCGGGAUUUGACUAGCCCUGGAAUAAACCCAUUCAAGAUGGAAAAAACAACUAUCUUUUCCUUUCAUUUGAGUCUUUUGUUUCCUUGUCAUUGUUUGGACUUGGAACCUUUUGCUAUUUCAGUUGAGUCUUUGGUUUCCUUGUCAUUGUUGGACUUGGAACCUUUUGUUAUUUCAUUCGAGUCUUUGGUUUCCUUGUCAUUGUUGGACUUGGAAACCUUUUGUUAUUUCAGUUGAGUCUGUUUGUUUCCUUGUCAUUGUUGGACAUGGAACCUUUCGUUGUUUCAGUUGAGUCUGUUUGUUUCCUUGUCAUUGUUGGACUUGGAAACCUUUAUGAAGUUAUUGAGUACUCUUUUUCUCU